AUGUGCAUUGACGUCAAAUCGCAGCGCCCUAAUCCAACAAUAGCAUUAGGGUAAAUGGGGUGGCGGAUGUGGAGGCAUUGAUUUUGGAUUAUUCGAGGUAAACUCGAGGUUAUCUUCUCGACAGGAUUUAGCCUUGAACAUUUUGGAUUGUCCUCUAGGUAUGCUACCCAUUUUCCCCUAGAUAUCUCGUUAAUAUUGGCCAUUACACUUUUCGAACGCCCAUAGAGUAAGUAGUUAAAAGUAAUCGAAAGUCCCGGCCAGAGGUAAUCAUAAUUAAUUUGUGCGGAAGCCAUCAACACGAUUCUAAUAUUGCACAUGUUUACGCGAUUCCAACAUGAAAAGAAUAAUAUUAGGCGAGUUCGCAAAGUAUUAAUAGUGACUAUAAAUGGCAAAAUGAAUAAUAAAUUGAAUUAUAUGUAUGAUGUUGAGAGAAGAGUAUUAGUUAAGGUUUAGAGAAACCUCGUGCGGAAUACAAUAUAUGUAUGUAGACGAUACGGUAGCGCGGAUUGAAGAGAAGGAAUAGAGAUGUCUGCCAUCGGCAAAGACACUACAAAACUCGACUUCAACAGAGAAAAUUCAAGAGAAAAAUUGCCAAGCUUGCAAACUACAAUUGUCAAGGAUCCUUUCCUCGGCGUUUUGAAGCUCUUAGAAGCCUUUAUAAGCAAUUCGCUUCGAAAUGCAACCCGAUUAUAAUGAUGUAAAACAAACAUUGCGACAUGCGAAUCGUUGAGACUGGCACGGCAGUAUGGCUUAAAACCCAGAACAUUCGCUCAAACACAUGAAUGGCUUCUUUUCGGAAUCCAUUUAAAAGCGAGAUAAGCCAAAAGCUCUAAGGUGAUGAAAAGGACACUUAGUCCUAAGCAGUUGAAUCUCUAAAUAAGAUCCAGGUGAGUUCGGAUGUUCUACGUGGACGAAAGUACUCAUGACGAAUGAAUUAACGCUUUCCUUGAAAUUCAACACGAUCACACGGCAAUUGUAAUUUGAGGACCAGGAAAAGCGACCAAUAAGAAGGAUAUUAUGUUUAUGUACAUUUCCCUAAAGUCAUGUAUUCACGGCCGAGAAUGGGUUUGGAAAUAGGUAUAAAACACAUUUCGCGGGCAAAUUUGUCGAUUAUAAUUGGCAAGCGGCUAGCUUGGUACAAUUUUGUAAUAACACGAAAAACGGGUUACGAAGCAAAUUUGGUGGCUCUAAAAUCUUAAUUGCCAGCUUUAAGGGCCAAUUGCAAUAUAUAGGAAGGCAGCAUAGUCGGUGAAAUACAGAUUGUUUAGUAAGGCAUAUCUUGCAACGAAAAUAAAUUGAAAAAAAAACCUUUUUUGCUACCAUAUUUUAUAUACCCUAAAAACUUUGUGAUUUACGUCAUACCGCAUUGUGUAGCUUCACCCAGUUAUAAACUGGGGUGUUUUGCACUUUAAACUGAAGGUUCAUGUCCUUUAAGAUAUAGCAGGAGAAACAUUUUUGGAAAACAUUUUUCUCAAACACUCGAAUUAUAUUAACCCAAAUUACUUAAAACAUAACACAAGGGGAAAAUUAAUUACUUGGCUAAUCUGUUUUCUAAGUAUCAUAAAAGCUAUAUUUACAUAUAUGGAACACAGCUAAACCGAUUAAUCUCACAUAAAAAAUAAUUUACAGCAGUAUAUUAUAAUAAUUAAGCGUAAAUUAAUCAAUCUACUUUCAGCCUUGGCGAUGUCAACUGGCAAAUCGCUGUCGAGCGCGAUACUCAAGAAGGAUACGCUCUUGAGGUGGAACAAUGCGCGUGCCCACCCGGCUACACUGGAUUGUCCUGUGAAGACUGUGCCCCAGGAUACGAGAGAUCCGGACAAGGGCCGUACCUGGGAACUUGUGUUCCAAUUAGAGAGCGGCCACGUCCUCAAGUGACUUGCGGUCCAGGUGCUGUCCAGCAGACCUCAUAUGAUCGUUGCGAAUGUAAGCCGAACGUGGUUGGUCCAAACUGCGAUCGUUGCGCGCCAAACACGUUCGGAUUGAGCCCGCAAAAUCCGCAAGGCUGUAACAGAUGUUGGUGCGCGGGUGUCACUGGAAACUGCGACGCGUCUUCGUUCCGAAGAGCCCAAGUUGAGGUGGAUUAUCAGCGCGGGGCCCAGGAUCAGAUUCCAGUCCAAACCAACGACAUUGAAUCGCCAUUCCAACCAAGCGUUCAGCCCAGAGUUACUGGCUCCAGCAUUGCGUUCGACGGUUUCAGCGAAGCCCGCGGCCAGCCUUUGUACUGGAAAUUGCCAGCCAAAUUCACCGGAGACAAGGUUACGUCCUACGGAGGAAAAAUUGAGUACACCUCAAGAUGCUCCGGAUCCGGUGAACCAACUCCAGACGCCGCUGUUAUCAUCCGUGGUAACAACGUUGUUCUUCACCAUCAGAGCCGUCAGCCACAAACCGCCGACGUCGAACACAGAGUCUCGAUCCCAAUUACUGAACAGAGUUUCACACGUGCCGAUGGGCAGCCAGCUUCUCGUGAAGACCUGCUGAUGGCAUUGGCCGAUGUUGAUGAUGUUCUUGUCAAGUCCACUUGUGUUCAAGACACAACCAACUCCGAGCUUCACCGUGUCAGCGUUGAAUACGCCGAACCUUACGGAACCGGCUCUCAAGCCAUUGAGGUUGAACAAUGCCAAUGCCCAAUUGGCUAUGUUGGUCCUUCUUGUGAGGACUGCGCUCCAGGCUACGCGCGUGUCCAAGGCGGACCGUACCUCGGCCUCUGUCAGAAAUGCGAAUGCAACGGGCAUGCCAGUCAAUGCGACAGCCAAUAUGGAACGUGUUUGAACUGCCAGCACAACACCGAAGGAGAUCACUGCGAACGAUGCGCUCCCGGAUUUGUCGGAGACGCUCGCCGUGGAACCCCGCAUGACUGCCAGCCGGAACAGACUCGGCCUCCAUGCCAAUGCUACAACCACUCUCCUCGAGGAUGUGAUUCGUUUGGGAGAUGUUUAUUGUGCGAACAUAACACCGAGGGAUACCACUGUGAGACUUGUAAGAAGGGCUUCUAUGGUGAUGCGACCCGUGGCUCUCCCUACGACUGUACUCCAUGUCCUUGCCCGUAAGUUUACAUCGCAAUAAAGUCAGAAAGGGGGUCUUAACUAGCUUUGACCUUAAUAUUUUCAGUGGAGCCUCAGAUUGUUUCCUGGACAAUGCCGGCCAAGUUCAGUGCCGAAACUGCCCUGCUGGUUAUGCUGGUCGCCUUUGUGAUGAGUAAGUAAUUUCGUUGCACACGAAAGUAGUUCUCAAAAAAAGUUGAAAGCUCAAACUUUUCUUUCAGAUGCGCCCCAGGCUACACCCGUUCUCAACAAAGUGGAGGCCGUGAUUGCGAACCAAUUGGUCGCGUAGAGCCGGACCGUGUCCACUUCGUCGACAAUCCCGCAGGUCAGCAAAGCUGGAACAGCAAUCGCCAUCACUUGGCGUCGUGGCGUCAAGGCAGACGCCGCCGCUACCGAGUGCGAGGCCGCUUUUUCCGUCACUAAAAGCUUCGGAUAACUAGCUACACUACUACUAUUUUUCGUUCAGUUUUUCGUUUUUAAUUUUUAUUUCUUCAGUUUGCUUUAAUUUCAAUGUGUUAUUCAUGGCUUACAUGUCUGACGAGCUACUUAUUUUGAGUUCAAUGAGAUUUUUCUGAGAUCUUCAUUUCUGUGUCAUACGGUCUAACUACAGCACCAAAAAAGAAGAAUAAUAUCCGUUUCGAACUGCCUUGUUUCUGGAGAUUUGAGCAAUCUCCUGUCCAGUCGUAUCUUCUCACAAUCGUCCUUCUCUCUUAACUAAAUGUUUCGUAUUAAAUAUAGUGUAAUUGUACAUCGACGUCAUCUUUUUUGUUCGAAAGGUCGCAGUAAACAUUUUUAUUCGUUUUUCGUUCAGCUUACACAUUCUCAAUGUAAACGUACCGGGUUGUUGGUGGAAAGUGCACGGGAUCGUCGCACUCGUUCUUUGAGUUACUGCGUCAUGUUUGUGAAUACUUUGUACGGUGGAUGGUGGUAAACAAGAUGUUAUGUUGUUGUCCGGUCGAGUUUUGGAUUUCAACUACUAUUAUUUCGCAUGGCUAAAUCUUUCGUUGCAUCCUACAAACUGCAAUGGCAACAAUCAUUUUUUCAGCUCAUAGUUAAAUAUUUUUAGUCCCACUCCGAGUUGAAAUCCUGGCUCCAAAGCACCUGGUAAUCCACGAAGGCCAACGUGCCAAAUGGACUUGCCAAGUUGUUGGACAUAAGCCUGAGAAUGUUGACGUAACCUGGACCAAGGUUGGCGAAGGCGAACUGCCUCCUCAUGUUCGCGUCCACAAUACCAACCAAAUUGUUAUUGAUCAAGUCCGCAACUCGGAUCAAGGACAAUACCGUUGUAUUGGAACCUCCAAGAUCGAUGGAACUUUUGCCAGCGAUGACGCGACUCUCCAGAUUAGCCGUCCACCAGCCCUCCCCGCUUCUCCCUCAACUGGCCCAAUUCCUCAGCCCGUUGUUACGCCACCUCAGCAAACCGUAAACCAGCACCAAAGUGCCACGUUUACUUGCCUGGUGCCUGGUUUCGCUGAUUGUGAGGUUGUUUGGCAUUUCAACGAAAUCAACGGGCCACUUCCCCCCGGAGUCCAUCGACGUGGAAAUCAGAUAUUUAUUCCUCAAGCUGAACAGCACCAUGUCGGAAACUACAUCUGUACGGUCAGAAACCAAUACGGCCAAGGAAUCUCCAAUCCAGGACACCUUGAUGUCAAUAAGCGUAAGUCUCCGUCAAAACAAUCACAAGUAUUUUUAGCUGACAUGCGUCCAAUUGCUGAUCCACCAGUGCAAACUGUCAGCAUCAAUGAUCCCGCCCGUUUCCGUUGUUGGGUCCCAGGCCAUCCAGAUGCCAAGAUUUCAUGGCGACCAGAACAAGGUUCCGCUCUGCCAGAAGGUGUCGAAGAACGCGACGGAAUCCUCAACAUUCUCCAUGCCCAAAACCAUCAUGCUCAACGCUACAUCUGUUCGGCCUCUGACCCCAGCAACCCAUCUCGUGGUCCAGUUGACGCCAACCCAGUUCAGUUGGUUAUCAAAGCCCCAGAUGCGCCAGUUGCACCUCAAGUCGAUCCUCUGCAUCAAGAGGUGCCUAAAGGAAGCCCUGCCCGUUUCCGUUGCUGGGUACCCGGAAAGCCGGACGCUCAAGUCAAAUGGAGUGCCCACGGAGGCGGAGCAUUGCCAGAAGGUGCCGUUGAUCGUGAUGGAGUUCUUGAAUUCCCAUCUGUCGAUGAUCACCAUGCUGGCGGUUAUAUCUGCUCAGUAUUCAACCCAGAGACUGGUCAGCCAAUUGAUUCGCCAAUUGCUCGUUUGGGAAUCAAACAGCCACUGAAACCACAAGUGGAUCCUCGUGAACAGACAGUCCCAGAAGGAAACCCAGCUAGAAUUCGCUGUUGGGUCGAUGGAGUUCCUAACGCGCUGCUCCGUUGGAACGUUAAAGGAGGACGUCCUUUGCCAGCCGGUGCUCGGGAUGAUGGUCGUGGAAACUUGCACAUUGACAGGGUCAGUCAGGCACAUGCUACCGAUUACGAGUGUACAGCCUAUGAUCCAGUUGAUCGUACUCCAACGGUUUCCGAACCAGCCAACAUCCAACUUCAACACUUUGAGCCUCCCGUUAUUGCUGAGCAAGGCCGCCCACCACGUCCAGUGGCUACUCCACCAGUGAUCACCGUCAAGAGAGGAGAUCCGGCCCGGUUCCACUGCGAUCCUAACAGUGAUAUUCCAGCAGAAGUGCAUUGGGGAUUCGGAUCAGCUAACGGACCUCUUCAAGGAGAUGCCCAUCAAAGCGGAGAUGAUAUUAUCAUCAACGCUGCUGAUGACUCUAACGCCGGCGAAUACUACUGCCAAGCCACCAAUAAAUUUGGCAGUGGACAGGCCGAACCCGUCAAACUUGUCAUCAUUGAAGAUGAAGCCGCCGUUCCACCAACUGCACGUGUUGAACCCAAGGUUUGGAAUGGUGAGCCCGGGGAAACCCACCAGUUCAAGUGUAUUGUCACCGGAGAGCCACAUCCAACAAUUCAAUGGACCGGUCCAGGUGGAUCAUCAUUGCCAGAAGGCGUCGUUGACCUUGGAGAGGGAGUAUUGGAAAUCAGCAAAGCCAAGAAAUCGCUUCAUGAUGGUGAUUAUACUUGUACUGCCACCAACGAACAUGGUCAAGCGUCGGACAAAGGAACCGCCAACAUCAACCCAUCCAUCAAGAUCAUCAUCGAUAACCCCAAAACAGAAACCCCUCUUGGCCCAAGAAUCAUCUUGACUGUUGGAGAGCCGUUGGAGAUUAGAUGUACUGCUCAUGGUGAGCCAGAUCCAGAUGUUGAAUGGCUUCAGUAAGUGUAAACAUUCUUGCUUCUCGGAGUUUUUCGAUCAAAAAUAUUUACUUAUCCCAAAAUUUUCAGUGACCCUGGACCGGAACGUGGCGAUCUUCCUGACGAUUACGUUCCAAUCACCAUCUCCGAACAAUUCAUUCGUCAUCCCAACAUUGGUCUUGGCAAUGCCGGUCGAUACACUUGCAAGGGAUCGAAUCAAUUCAGCACUGUAACGAAGGAUAUUUACGUCGAAGUUGUCGAAGCCACGGCGAGAACGACUGUUGCCAUCAUUGGUGGCUCCAACCAAUUCUUCCCAACUAGUCAGCCCGCUCAAAUUCUUUGUACGGCCACUGGUGCCUCAUUGGUCGACAAAAUUGAAUGGACUCGCGUUGAUGGCGGUCUUCCAGAGGGCGUUGAGGCGCAUAACGAGCCCGGGCUUCUUCACUUUGACUCUUUCCGAGACUCCGAUGCCGGUGAAUACGAAUGUCGUGCCUAUAGAAAGGACGAGCUUAUUGCCAGCUCGACUGUUCAUGUCUACUCUGAUCAUCGGGCCCCAACUGAUGUUGCUCAUGUCGAGAUUUCCGCUCCAUCCGUCCGUGUGGUCAACAAAGGAGAUUCUAUCGUUCUGGAUUGUCUUGUGCACGGUUGGUUUGGGGAUUUGAUAGAUUUUGAGACGCUAACCCACGUAUUUUUUAUUUUACAGUAUUUUUUGCUUUGGCAUUUAAGUUGAGGUUGUGGUUUAUACGAUUAAGUUGAAUAAUGUCUUUUGUUUGCACUAACAAACUUUAGCUCGAACACGGCCGGUCGCGUUUGCGUGGUAUCAAGGGGAGAACACAAAGCAUUUACAAGAUAUUAUUUGGUGUAAUCGUCGUAUCUUGCACAUGAUCAAUGUGCAAUCCGAGCACGCUGGUGUCUAUUUCGUCAGAGCCGACUUUGAAGAUGGACAAACGAUAACGUCAAAGCCAGCAUAUCUCGUUGUCCGAUCAACCAGUUAUUACGGUUACGUUUGAGUUUAUUUUGCACUUUCCUCUGUUUGACUAACCUUUGAUUUGAUUGUUGUGACACACCUUGCUAUUCUUGGUUCUCGAUAUUGUUUUGGGCUUGUCUAACCGGGGCUCUAGAACGGGGGUGUUGCAUGGCGGACACAAGCGCAUUAUCAAAUUUAGGUGGACACGACUCUGAGCUGAAAUACCGCUGGUCUUUGGCGCGCGGAGGCUCGGUAAUCCGCCAGUUGGGUGAGGAAGCUCAGUUGACGAUCAAGGCCGCCGAUCCAACAAAUGACUACGGUAUCUACAGAUGCGAGGUCGACAACGACGAAGGAGAUACUUUGGGCAGCGCUCAGGCCGCUGUUUCCGUUGGAUACGACGCUUCUACAAGUUCGUAAAUAGGGAUCGCUCUGGAAAAUCUUGUCUUUCUAUUGUCUUUUUCUUGCUGUCCUUGUUAUGUCAUUAUACUAGUAACAAAGAAAAUUUUAGAUCCCGAGGAAGCCAAGUUUGAAGAAGAAUCCGAGGCCGUUUUGAUCUGUCCAGUCUUCACUGUUCCCGGCGCUACCGUUACUUGGUAUAAGCAUUCGGGAGAACUUCCAGAAGACGCCGUUCAGAAUGGAAACAAACUUACGUAUGAUAUUUUUUAUUUUCGUAACAUUCACAAUAAGUCAACGCUCCAUUAAAAACCCUAAUUUUAGCAUCCCACUCUUCACCGAAGACACUGCUGGACUCUACACCUGUACUGUCCAAUACGGCCAAAGUACUGUGGAAGGAUAUGUAAACGCAAAGAUCUUCGGUAAACCAAUUCUUCAACUCGAAUUCAGCUCGUAGUUUUUUAAUAAUCUAAUCGUAUGCUCUUUUAGUUCCUGAUACCACCAUUCAAGUCGUCUUGAACGUGUCAUCCGAAAGUGUUCGUGAAGGAGAUCGUGUCUGGCUUGAUUGCGUCGUAACCGGAGACCCCACCGCCAAGAUUGAGUUCAGCAAAAUCGAUGCGGAUGCUCUUCCAGCUGGAGCUCAGGUAAAUUCAUUAAAAAACAAUUUUCAAAAUAACUGAACUUAUAUAACGACAUCAAGUUGAGAAAACAGGAUUAAAAAUUAUCUACGAUUUACAGGUAACCGAAUGCGACGAUCUCGCACAGGAAAAGAAAGUAAGAUAGGCGUGGUAAAAAAAGUGUGCAGUAAAGUAUUCGGUGUUGUGAGGUGGUUGUGCACGCUCACUUAAAUUUUUUUUAAUUGGUUGAUAAGGAUUGCAUUACAUACAACAAAAAUAUAUUAAUAUUUUUGGAGGUUCACAGCACGUUUGACCGUUAUCUUACUGACUUCCGACAACAUUAAUUGCGCCGUAUUUUAGGUAACUGGAAACCGGCUUCUCUUCACAUCAGUGACCCCUGACGACGCCGGAAAAUACCAGUGUCGCGCCCACAUCACCGGAGGCUUCUUGGACACCAGCGCGCUGCUCAGCGUCGAGGCCGCGAAACGUAAGCGAAAGCGAUUGAGUCGUCAGCAACGACGUCGUUUGUUGGCCAAGCGACGGCGUCAUCGUCGCCGGCACUCGGAGGACGAGCACGCGGCCGUUCCUCGUCACCAUGACGAGUCGAUGCCGCAUUCGGUGUUUGGACGCUGGUUCCACUCGCGGUAACCAGUAGGAUUAGAAACAUUUCUAUAGACAAUUCAUUCGUCUCCCCCCUCCAGUCCUCCCCGGUUAG